AUGAUAUCCAAUACUAAAAGAGACAUCUCUGAAUUAAUUACCAAACAUAAGAUUACAAGCCCCAUUUUCCCACCAAACACCACAGUUGACGAACUCAUGGCGAAUUCACUUGCGAAACUUCGAGACAAUGGGAAAAUCAGUAAGAUCCCCAACGCGUUUAUGGCCUAUAGAAUGACAUUACAAAAACAAAUUCCAAGAAAUAUAUUUUGUCCUACAAUGGGCGAACUUUCUUCGAUUGCAGGAAUACUUUGGGAGAAUGAACCCUUUAUCGUAAAAAACUAUUAUCGCGAAUUAGCUCAUCAGGCUAAAGAAGGGUUCGAGAAGUAUUGGAUAACGAUGAGUGAUAAAAAUCAUAUUAGUGAAAUUGUAAAUACGAAUCUCUCGAGUAAAAAGAGUUUUGAGACAAUUCCUAACGUAGAUAAUGAAAGUGGUGUAAAACAAGAACCUGCAAACAAUAUAAGCCAGAUGGAUUUAUUGGAAUUUGAACAAAUGAAUACCACCGAAAAUUCUUUUCCAAUAAAUUUUUUGGAUGAUUAUCCAGCUAACGAUUAUUUAUUGGAUAAAGAUGGAUCAGCAAUUUUAACCACAAAUUAUUCGUCUCCAUCUACUUUUAUUGCGAAUUUUGAAGUGAACAAUAUUAACAUUCAAAACGAGCACAUUGACAUUGAUAGUAUUUUCGACAAUAGUGACAAUAAAAAUAUCAGCACCUUUGAUACAUAUCUCUAUCAUUAG